AUGUUUAAGAAUCGGCAAACGAGAUGGUUACAAGAGUUUUGCGUUGAGGCUUGCGAUCGCGCAUGCGGUCGAUUCCGUUCCAGCGAUGUGUGCAGUCAGCCAAAGGAGACUGGAAAUUGCCGACUUGCGGUUCCACGGUGGUACUUUGACAAGCAACUUCGCCAAUGUAAAAUGAUGAUGUGGUCGGGAUGCGGAGGAAAUGGCAACAGCUUCUCGUCAAAGUCAGACUGCGAGACCCUCUGCCGUGCCGAAUCCUCAUGGAAUGAACCGGAUGCCGAUAUUUGCCAGCUUCCAAGAUCCUCGGGACCAUGCACUGAUUCGAUUUCGAUGUGGUACUACGACGAGCCUUCCAGCGAGUGCAAACAGUUUACUUAUGGUGGAUGCCGCGGAAAUAAGAACAGAUUUGUCACCAGACAGCAGUGCGAGCAGAGAUGCAAACCGGUCAAUGGAAAGAAGCCGGCGAUUCAAAGUGAUGUGGUCUGCCGCCUUCCAUUCGAGACGGGACCGUGCCGAAUGAGACUUCAGAAGUACUUCUACGAUCCUUACAUUCAAAAAUGUCAGGUGUUCUACUACGGUGGUUGCGAGGGAAAUGCCAACAGAUUCGACACUGAGCUUGAAUGCUACAAAUUGUGCUCGAGCAUCAAAUCGGAGCCGAAGGAGAAUAUCGCACAGCUUUCUCAUCAGUCGACACCCGUCAUCUACGUCGUUGAUAAGGGACCAAUUCUCACUGGAACCACAUUCCGCAUUCGCUGCAACAGCUAUGGUGUGUUCCCGGUGACGUGGUACAAGAACGGCGGACUUCUCCAAUUCGGAUCAAGGAUCACGGAGGAGAACGAUGACACCUUGGAGUUUGUCGACGCGCUCUCAUCGGAUGCCGGUGUCUACACGUGCGUCGCCGGCCACGAUAGCCAAAUGAGCGAUGGCGUCGAGGUGGUCAUCAAGCGUGCGCCAACCACCACCACCAAAAUGACGCCGCGCCCGAAAACGACGACCAUGACGACCACGUCGGCACCGACGACCCAUCGCAAACCGAUUGUGGACGCGUGCGUCGACACCGGCACCGCCGGCACGUGCAACUUGAUCGUCCGCAACGGUCUGUGCACCAAAAAGCGCUAUGGCAGCUUCUGUUGCCGCACGUGCUCCAAGAACAACUUCAAGUUCUAA